AUGGCAGCCGACGACAAAUCUGCCAACCCUCUCAAACGUGUCGACCUCGAUGGCCACGAUCUCCCACCUUCACCCGCACCAUCGAGCCCCCGAAACGGACGCCGCCGUUAUGCUCUAGCGACCGAGUUGGUCUAUACCGAGGGAAAAGAUCAGUAUGGCGCUUCAAGCACUCCAAUUUAUCAGUCUGCGACCUUUAAGCAGAGCUCUGCCAGCGGUGGCCAGCAGGAAUAUGACUACACAAGAUCCGGUAACCCUACACGCACUCACCUCGAGCGCCACCUGGCCAAGAUUAUGAACGCAAACCGUGCCUUGGCUGUCAGCUCUGGAAUGGGAGCUCUCGAUGUGAUCUCGCGAAUUCUGCGUCCUGGCGACGAAGUCAUCACUGGCGACGAUCUGUACGGUGGCACACACCGUUUGCUCACAUAUCUUGCAGCCAACCAGCAAAUCGUCGUACACCAUGUCGAUACAACAGACGUCAAUGCCGUUAAAGAGCGGCUGUCGGAAAAGACGACAAUGGUGCUCCUCGAGACUCCUACAAAUCCUUUGAUUAAAAUCGUUGAUGUACCCUCUAUUGCGCGUUUAGCGCACGAACUCAAUGAAAAGGCUCUCGUGGUGGUUGAUAACACUAUGCUGUCUCCCAUGCUGUUCAAUCCCUUGGACGUUGGCGCAGACAUUGUGUAUGAGUCGGGAACCAAAUAUCUCUCCGGUCACCACGACAUUAUGGCCGGCGUGAUUGCAUGCAAUGAGGCGGCGAUUGCCGAUAAACUCUACUUCACCAUCAACUCGACCGGAUGUGGACUGUCUCCCAAUGACUCGUUCCUUCUUAUGAGAGGAGUCAAGACGCUGGCUAUCCGCAUGGAAAAGCAGCAAUCCAAUGCACAGGCCAUUGCCGAGUUCCUGGAAUCACACGGGUUCAAGGUACGGUACCCCGGCCUCAAGUCUCACCCACAAUAUGAGUUGCAUUGGGCAACUGCCAGGGGAGCCGGCGCAGUAUUGUCUUUUGAGACAGGAGACGCAGUGCUCUCACAGCGUAUCGUGGAGGCAGCCCGUCUGUGGACCAUUAGCGUCAGCUUUGGAUGUGUAAACAGUCUCAUCAGCAUGCCCUGCCAGAUGAGCCAUGCCAGCAUCGAUGCCAAGACUCGAAGGGAGCGACAUAUGCCUGAGGACAUCAUUCGCCUUUGCGUCGGUAUUGAAGACGUCGAUGAUUUGAUAGAAGACCUGUCUCGCGCUCUUGUUCAAGCUGGCGCAGUAACAGUCUCUCUUGAUGGAUUCCAAGCUGUUGAGCCGGCUCAGACGCAGUGA